AUGUGGAUUAUUCUGAUUUUUUCCUGCCUAACUUCUGGCGCAUUUGCUCAAUAUCAAUCAAUAGCAUCAUCCUGCAGUAAAGCUUCUUCGAGAGCAUCAGCUUCAACUUACACGAAGCCACCUCUUGUGACUAAGGGUCAUUGUCCUGUAAUAGCUACCGAUCCAGUUGACUUCACCAGGCAUUGUGGAAUAUGGUACGAAGUCCAACGCAGCGCUAAUAGCUACGACAGUGUGGAUCAAUGUCAAAAAAUGCUGUGGGGUAAACCAGUUAACAAUGUUUCACGAAUCAUAACCAAGAGUUCUUCUACUUCGGGGUCCUUCACUUCAACAACGACUGCCCAUGUAACGCAAAAUGAUGCAGGAACGGGUUUUUCCUACCGGCUUCCAACAAUGGGCGAGGUUCCUAAACAAUACUAUGCUGUUGGUUUCAAUUACGUAGAUUACACGAUAGUCUGGGCGUGCGAGAAUCGCGGAAACGGACACGUUGAACAGGCCUGGGUGUUUUCACGAGAACCAGCACAGCCUUAUAAUAUCAAUGCGUUGAUGAAAGACGCAUUUGCGAGAUAUAAUCUCACAAUCCCAGAAAUGGUAAAGAAUGAUCUUGCAGGGUGUUGCCAAAUUUAUUCUUCUUUCGAUUUUGAUAGUUAA